AUGAGUAAAAAAUUAUCAUUGGAAGAGAGGCUUUCUCUGGCCACUAAGAAGGGAAGAAAGAAAAAUAAAAGGUCAACGUCGAACUUAUCGUCCCCUUCGCCUGCAAUACUGUCAAACAGCGAGCAAGAAACUACUGGUUUAUCAGCAGAUAUUCCUGCUACUAGCGGGGAGUCAAUUGAAAAUGCUGAGGACGAGGAUGAAAGUACGAUACGACCGGAAUGCACUGUUGGUAGCGAUACACACAAAGUGGAUGUAACUCCUGUCGAUAGUGAAAAAAUUGUUAACGACGAUAAGACAGACAGUUCAGAUGAUACCAUAAUAUCAUUGCCUCAAUGGCUGCCUAAAAACUAUACUGAACUCACUGUUGAAGAUUUAAUCAAAGAGAUUGGCCCAGAAUACCUAAGACUAAAUAAACAAGUUGAAGACCUAACUAACGAAAUAAACAAAAAAUCUCAAAUUGAAACCACCGAUUCCAGUUUUUUUAAAUUGAUUAAAGAGAAGGACAACUUGAUAGAGCAAUUGAAAAAGGAAGGGACAAAACUAGCAGAGACUGAGUUGAGGCAAUCUAACCAAAUCAAAAGUUUAAAAACAAAAGUGAAAAAUCUCGAGUAUGAGACAUCUGUACUAAAUGAGGAUUCUUCUCAGAAUAUUGAAAACUACAACGAACUGCAAUCGCUGUAUCAUAAUAUACAAGGUCAACUAGCUGAAGCCACGAACAAACUAAGAGAUGCAGAUAAGCAGAAAGAGGCAAGAGAGAUACUAGAAAAAAAUAUAAAGGAAAAAGAUGAUUCAAUUACGGAUCUUCAGCAAUCUUUAGAUGAACUAAAAACAUUGCUUGAAGAAGAAAGAACUGGAUUCCAAAUGGAAAAGAAAGCACUACAGGCAGCUACAGUCGAUCAAGUUACUACACUAGAGACCAAACUGGAACAAUUAAGAAUUGAAUUGGACAAUUACACCCACACUUCAAAUGUUGAACCUAACCUGAAUUCUGUCGAUAGUCAGAAUACCUUAGAAGUAAAACAACACGGAUCUUCUCAAUACAACCUACUUAAGGAACAGCUUGAGUCGUCCAAGGCCAAUUGGAAUAGUAUUGAAUAUGCUUUGACUACUAAGAUUGUGGAUUUAGAAAAUCGCUUUGAAGCGACAAUGAGAGAAAAAAAUAACAUUGAAGAAAUGUAUCAAACUGCCUUACAUUCAUCAAAAGCAUUAAGUGAGCAGUUAGAUAAAGAACGUGACAAUAGUUUAAAGGCAGUUUCAAAAAUAAAAGAACUGGAGAUACAGAUAGGCACGUUAACACUGUCAUUACAAAACAUAAGAGAUGAUUAUAAUUUACUGAAGAAGAAGUACGAUAUACAAAGAUGCCAGUUAGAGCAAAACGAGGACCAACUAAAGUCACACCAGGAGAACAGCAGUGGGAAGAUUAUGGAAAAAAUUCCUGUGGAAUUAACCAAUAGUUUAAAUUCUAUGGAGGAAAAUGUGGAAGACGAAUGGACUUUACCCCAAGAGAACUCUUUGCUGUCGUUGUCGAUGUCAAAACUAGGAGGACUCGAAGAUGAUCCAUCUCUUAAACCCAUUGACGAUGAAUCGCAUGUGACAAUAUGUAGUGAUGAAAGCCAACAUUUCGAGAGGAAAAAUGCAGAUUUCAGCAUUGAAGAUAUUCCAGAAGAAGCUGCUGAUUUACAAGCAAUCAAGGAAGGCGAAUCUAUGAAAUCGUUAAACACGUCAACACCAUACCGAAGGGCGAGUGUUCAAUUGUCAAAUUCUAAUGGCAAUAUAAGCGCUCAUUUGGUGAAUAAGUUAAGUACGGAAUUAAAAAGAUUAGAAGGUGAAUUAUCCUCUUCAAAGGAUUCAUACAAUAAUUUACUGAGGGAGAAAGAAAAAGCAAAUGAUGAGAUUCUAAGACUCAUGGAGGAAAACGAUAAAUUUAAUGAGGUGAAUGAACAGAAAGAUGAACUCUUGAAAAGAGUUGAACAAAUGCAAAGCAAACUGGAAACCUCUUUACAAUUAUUGGGCGAAAAGACUGAGCAAGUAGAAGAAUUAGAAAACGAUGUAUCUGACUUAAAGGAAAUGAUGCAUCAACAAGUUCAGCAAAUGGUAGAAAUGCAAGGAAAAAUGAGGUAA